AAUUAGAAAAUACAUUUUUUCUUAACGCAUCAGCCCUAUAUAUUUAACGUAAGGUUUUCAGUAUAACUGAAUCCUGAUUUUAAAAAGAUUUAUGAAAGAUAUUUUUAUACAUGCAUGGUUUGGUAAACAUAGACAAUAAACGAUGAGUAAGAAGUUAGGUUAUAAUUAAAAAAUGGCGGCAUAAAUGACAUUAAAAAAAUGAUGUCAUUGUAGUUUUGUCUCCAUCUUACAGUCUAAAGUCUAAACAUGGUGCAUCUGAGCAGACUGCUUAGCACACUAAUGUAUUUACUUCCCAGGGCCCUUUAACCCUACUAAGUCGAAAGAUUGAGUCUUUGUGUUUUGUCCUCAUGUGCCUUGUUUAGCUGCUGCCUUGUCCUCAGCUGCUCAACUCAACCUGAAUAGCAGCUGAUGAUGGAAUAAAAACAAGGGGAAAAAGCAUGUAUAGUCAUGUACUUGUAUUUGCUGGUAAUUAUUGUUUUUUUUUUUAAUUCCAAAAAAUUACUUUAUAAAAAUUGUAAAUUGUAAGAAAUUUGCCACCUUUUCGCUGUAGUUGCAUGGAAGGAUGUUAAAUGGACCUAAAAGCUGCAAAUUCACCAGAAAAAACAGUCUCUCCUUUAGUUUUAACACUAACUGAACGAUGCACAUCCUCAUUUACAAGGUGUUUAGUACCACUAUUAAUAAUAAAUGUUCAAGUACAAAAGAAUUAGCUGACUACUCAAAGCAGUUAACCUCAACACUAAUCAGUUCCUGGGGUUUUACCUUUAGUAAACUAACCUCUCCACAACUUCAUUUGUGCCACGAAUAAAAUCAAUAAAGCUACAAUGUGCACAGUGUCACAGUUAGCUUUCUUUAAUCAACACAGUGGCCAUUAAUAAUGAUCUACACUAAUAGUGGCAUCUCAUUACAGUGAAGUGUUUUACUACAUGCUUGCCAAAUGUCAGAGAGGAAUGCUGAUGUGGCAGGAGUCAAAGAGAAACUAUCCGCUGUAACUGCCUGAGACCCACUGCCUGUAUUUAGUUACCGUAAUCAACAAGAAAGGUCUGAGCUGCGCAGUCACAGUGGGACAGAUGGGGACUUGUUAGAUCAGCUUUGUGUGCGUUGUCUGGACACAAUUAGCAAAGCAAGGCUGAAAAAAAACUUAAACCAGCUUAGCGACCACAGGCCUGUUGAUGCUGAUCCCAGUGAGAACUCACCAGCAGCGCCUAGUUCCAGUACCCCAGCAGCCCUCAUGAAGAAACGAAGACAUAGAACAAUGGAUGGAUGGAUGAAAAACCUUAGAGACGCUUCUACCUCUUCGCGGUCCGAGACGGGCAACUGAUGUCGGCUAAGGUCAUCGCCAUGGUGACCUUUGCCGAGACGACGCAGGUCUCCCCGGUGGAGCUGCGCGAACCGCCGUGCGCGAGCGCCACCCCGUCGCCGGGGCUGCGUCGGAAAAACCUGCUGUGGCAGAACGCGGUGAAGCACAUCAUCAUCCAGCAGGAGCUCCGCGCCCAGGUGGGCAUCGAGCCGGCGCAGAAGAUGACCGUGACCGACGCCUACAUGGAGGAGAUCAACAGGCAGAUCCAACACAAGGCCCUGCGCGGGGUCACGAAGCGGCGUUCCUCCACGUUCAGGGUCCACCCGUCGCAGGCCCGCGGCUCCACCAGCACGCGCGGCAGCGUCCGAGGGCCAUUCAAGGACUACACCAGCGACGCCGACUUCUUCGUCCAAUGGGGCCACACCAUCUGGGGCAUCUGCAUACCCACUCUGAGGCACACCUUCAAGUCCCGUGACCUCGAGGACCUCUACCAGCAAUACUCCUCUCGCCAAAGACGCAACUCCCUAGCUUUCACAAACGCCAUAGAUGCCGUGGUCAAGCUCAACGUCCUGGUCCUGUACCUGGCGCUGGCGCCCGUGGCCCCGACGGACGCCGUGCGCGGCUGCCUGACAGGCGUUUUCAUGGUGUUAGCGGUGACGCUGUGCGUCGUGGCGUUAAACUGCAGGGACUCCAUGUCCCCGCGGUGGCUUCGUUACGCCGGCCUGGCAAGCUGGCUGUCGCAGAGCUCGCAGGCGCUGGGAGGACUCAUGUACGGGCUGGAAAAGGACCCGUCGUGGUACGUGUUGUUCACGCUGUUCGCCACGUACACGCUGCUGCCGCUGCCUCUGCUCUGGGCCAUGUGUGCCGGCUCCCUCACCUCAAUACUGCACCUCCUGGUGGAGAUCGGGCGCUCCUACCAUGAUGCCAUACUCCUGAGAAAGGUGUUUGCCAAAGGCCUGCUGUAUCUCAGUAUGAACACAGCCGGCUUGUUCAUCCACUACCUAACAGACCAUGCCCAGAGACAGGUCUUCCUUGAGACGCGCCGAUGCAUUGAGGGUCGCCUCAAACUGGAGCAAGAGAACCAGAGACAGGAGCGUCUGGUCCUGUCAAUCUUGCCUCGCUUUGUUGCCUUGGAGAUGAUCGCGGACAUGAGUGCUAUGGAGAAUGAAGUCAACCCGCAAGAGUUUAACAAGAUCUAUAUCCACCAGUACAAAGAUGUCAGCAUCCUUUUUGCAGACAUCAAGGGCUUCACUCUGUUGUCCAUGAACUUGUCAGCCCAGGACCUGGUUCGAAUCCUCAACGAGCUCUUUGGACGCUUUGAUCGGCUUGCAGAGGAGUACCACUGCCUGAGGAUAAAGAUACUGGGAGACUGCUACUACUGCGUAUCAGGAGUCCCAGAGCCACAGCGAGCACACGCCCGUUACUGCGUUGAAAUGGGCCUGGCUAUGAUCAGCACCAUAAGGUACGUGCGUAAGCAGAUGAACUUUGACAUGGAAAUGAGGAUCGGGGUCCACUCUGGGUCGGUCCUGUGCGGAGUGCUGGGCUUGCAGAAAUGGCAGUUCGACGUCUGGUCCUGGGACGUGGGCAUCGCCAACAUGCUGGAGGCCGGGGGCAUACCGGGGCGCAUCCACAUCUCGCGGGCCACGCUGGACUGUCUGGACGGCACCUACAAGACAGAGGACGGACACGGACGCGACAGGAAUGAGUUCCUGCGCAAACACAACAUCGACACGUUCUUCAUUUGCCCUCAAGAGGAAAGGGGCAGAGCGGAGCACCCUGAGCCUCCCAAGGUCCAGAAAACCACCCGCACCUGGAACCCGGAGAUUACAUGUGGAAGCUACACCGAUAUGAACGGUAUCUUGGCAUCCUUCACCAACGGUUCGCUGCCCUACACGUGGCAGUCCACGUCUAAGGAGAUCAACCAGCGCAUCAGACACGCCAUCCAGGUCCGGAGCACUGAGCGCGUGCACAAGAAGCACAUCUCCCCGCUGACGCUGGCGUUCAAGGACGCACACGUCGAGGACAAGUUUUCCCAGAUGAGAGACGAAACGUUCAAGUCCAACCUGGUCUGCUCCUUCAUCAUGCUGCUCUUCCUCAUGGCCGCUCAGAUCGUUGUUCCUGCUCCGAGGCUGCUGCCGAUCCUGCUCCGGUUCUCCGUGUCCCUGCUCGGCUACGCGCUGCUGCUGCUCCUGGCUCUGGCCGAGGAGUUCAGGUGGAUUCCCGCCGCGCUCCAGCACACGUGCUGCUGGAUUCAUGAAAACAACGGCGCCCGCAGCGUCCUCACGCUCGCCGCCAUCACCGUUAACUUCGGCCUGGCCUCCGCUGACAUGGUGUGGUGCAUCCUCUCAGAGUCAGGACAGGUUGAUGUAAUGAAGACCUUUAACUCAACCUCAGGUCCACUCACACGCUGCUCAUACCCAGAGCUCUUUGUGCUGAGCGGCGUCAUCGCCAUGGCGACCUGCGCCGUGUUCCUGCGCCUGAACUCUGUGCUGAAGCUGCUGGUGCUGCUGCUGGCACUGGCCGUUUACUCCUACCUCAUCCACGCCGCCUUCCUCACACUCACGCACCAUGACGCGACGCACAGAUCUCACUACGUCAGGAGAAAAUGGAUCUCCAUCCUCCUCAUGGCCAUGUUUAUUUUAUCUGUCUUCUACAACGGACUGCAGUGGGAAGCCACGGCCAGGCUGGACUUCCUGUGGCGCCUGCAGGCCCAGCAGGAAGUGGAGGACAUGAAGGACUUACGGGAACACAACGAGUGCUUAUUGCACAACAUCCUGCCUGUUCACGUAGCGCGGCAUUUCCUGGACAGGAGCAAACACGAUGAGGAGCUUUAUUCCCAGUCCUAUGAUGAAGUGGGUGUGAUGUUUGCCUCCAUCGCUGGGUUUGAUGAGUAUUUUGAGCAGAAAGAGAUCAAACAUGAAGGAGUGGAUUGCCUCCGACUGCUGAAUGAGAUCAUUGCUGGCUUUGAUGAACUGUUGGAGGAGUCGUACUUCCACUACGUGGAGAAGAUCAAGACCACUGGGAGCUGCUACAUGGCGGCCUCUGGCUUAGCUCCAGAGAGACAGGAGUCAGGGGACGAGUGGAAUCACCUGAGCGAGCUCGUUUUGUUUGCGCUGGCAAUGAAAGAGACCUUGAAAGGGAUUAACAGACACUCUGCCAAAAACUUUCAGCUGCGUGUGGGCAUUGCUCAUGGGCCCGUGGUCGCGGGUGUGAUCGGUGCCACCAAGCCGCAGUACGACAUCUGGGGGUCCACAGUGAACCUGGCCAGUCGCAUGGACAGCACCGGCGUGAGCGGACGCAUCCAGGUACCGGAGGCCACGCAGAAGAUCCUGGCUCAAUGGGGCUUCGUCCUGGAGUUACGAGGAGAAAUAUUUAUCAAAGGGGUGAGUGAGCACCAGGGGAAGGUCCGGACCUAUUUCAUCAGCACCAUGCGCAGUAGGAGGGCCGUCGCUGGGACAGAUGGCCGCGUGGGGGGGCGGACGACGGGGCGCAUGACUCUGGCAGAAGUGGUGUUCGGUCUGGUCCAGACCAAACACAAGGAGAAGAUGAGAGAUGCCAGCGGGGGCUUCGGUCUGACUCCCUGUGCGCUGCACUGCUAAGUGGACUGCCGGGGUCAUGGCGACUGCAGGGGGAGGAGGACGCCGUCCAGCCAGACUCUCGCUUGUUUACAGCGCUUGGACGGUGACGAGCUCCCGGACUGUUGCAGGAGACUGAGCAUUGUUGCUGAUGCCAUACGCAGACGUUCAUAAGAACAGUUACAGCAUAUUUGCUGGGAUACGACUCCAUCAUCAGACCUGUAUGCCAAAAAAAACAGUGAACCUCAAAAUAAGCAAUUCAUUAUUGUUAAUUGUUACUUUCAUAUAUUUAGUACAUUUUAUAUUUGUUUGUAUUCUUCUGGUAGGCUUAGGUUUACGCUGAAGCACAACAAAUCACACAAUAAUCAGCCCAGUUCUACCUCAAUACAUGGUUGUUCUUCUCUCAUCAGUCUUAAUUACACUUAUAGAGUUUACAAGUUUUACCAGCGGCCAAACACCUCCUGUUGUAUACUGAAUGUAAUAGGCAAAGACGGCUAUGUUAGUUCAUGUAAUACUUUUUUGUCAAGGCUCUGGGGCAGUUUGAUUCUAUUGUAUAAAAAAGUGUGAAUUUUUGUUUGAAGUCCAGGAUAGAGGAAACUAGUCUCUCAGGGUUUUAUGAACAAUUGCAAUAAAAAGGAGAUGAUUUUGAAUCUAUCAUCUCAUUAAAGAUUCUUUAUUAAAGGAAUUUAAAUAUAUUAUAUAGCCCUGAGCUCUGACUUGGCCCUAAAACACAUUCUGAAAGAGUUGAGCACAAUUCUACCUGCUGAGAACAUUGUUGGGUAUGUCAUGCUGGUUUCGUAUUUAAAACAAACAUAAAUAAAAUAAAAUAAAAUAAA